AUGGCCAACCGUUUUGAGAACCACAAGGCGACGGCUCUCGGGGUCCGUCUGCUGCUCGCCUGUUCACUUUUCGCCGUUCUCAGCGAUUUUGCAGUGGCUCAAAGUAAACCUUUUGUUCUCCAGAAGAUUCCGAGGCUUCCCACUGCCGCGGCUCCCGACACGGACGGCGUUACCCCUCUCGAUUCUCGACAAGAUACACUCGAAAAGGCUGCAAGCGACUUCGCACAGGCAUCAGAGAAGAAUCAUCAGGAGUCUACUGCCAUCCACCCCCGUCCCUCCCUGUCUCCCCCGCCUUCUCACGAUGAAGCCCUGCCGUCAGCUGCUGUUGUCUCUCUCGACUUUGAGGCAAGACGCGACAGCGAAAAAGCACACAAGACGCGCAGGAGAUCGAAACGUGGAAGCGACGAAGGCCACUCGUUGAAGCCGGGAGCAGCCCAAGACGACUCCGACGACGGCGAGAAGACACACACAGAAAGCCGCGAAAAAGAAGAACGCCAAGAUGCUGAGAAAGGGCGCGAGACCAGCAGUGGGGAAAUACCAACCGUAAUUAAAAAACAAGCGGGGACAAGCGAGGUAGCAGGAGUUGGGAGCCGUACAGAAGACCGCAGCCUGCGAUUGCAUAGAGACUCCGAUCGCGGUCGCGCCAGGCAAAGAGGAGAGAGGGAGGAGACAAAGAGUGCGGGAGAAGGUGAGAGGGAGGAAACGAAUGCGAAAGAACUUGAGAGGGAGGAAACGAAUGCAAGAGAACUUGAGAUGGAGGAAACGAAUGCGAAAGAAGGUGAGCGGGAGGAAACGAAUGCGAGAGAAGGUGAGAGGGAGACAAAGAGUGCGGGAGCAGAUCGCAGAGAAAGGGACGAGGAGAAGUUCUGGCGAGACGAAGCGCAGAUCUCAAAAAAUCUCUGGCGCAACGGCAGAGGCCCGAGCAGCGAGAAGCGAACUCACUUGUGGUUCGAGGAGGACGUCGGUAUCUUUCGAAAAACGGAUCGGAUCAGGUCUCGUGACGGCCCCGGCAUCUUCGGGAAACUCAACGCAGCUCUCAGAGGCGACCGCUGGCUUCGUCGGACACUAGCAAAGAGAUCCGAGUUCGGUAUGUCCUUGAACGCGUUCAUCGGCAUUCUUGGGAUAAUGAUGAUGGCGCUGGCGUUGAAGAGCCAGUAUGACGCCCACCGACUUCUCAUUGCGUCUUCCAAGCAGCUGAAGAGAGCCUUGGAUCUCAGCGAGAGUAUGAAGUUGCUAGAGUCUGGACAAGUUUCUGAGACAGCCUCUGUGGCCGACGAAGCCCCAGUGGGUGUGAACAGCUUGCUCACCCCGCAAGCGACUCCUGACGCGCGCUGGAGUAACUUUCGGAGGCGUUUCCUCGCCCCGCUGCUCAUCGGGAGGAAGCAUGCACGCACUCCGUCAGCUCCCAUUGAACGUGUCGGAGAGCUGGACGCAGUGGACCCCCCAGUCCAUUCUGCAGUCAGGCCAACAAGGCCCCCAGAAGUCGACAAGCAAAGCACUCCCCGCGAGGAGGAACCGGACAACUGGAGUUUCUUCCCGGAUGAAGUCGAAGAUGUCCUCGACGUCGGCUAUUCAAGACGGAGCCUCGAGAACCGCGGAGGCAUCGAGCAAACGUCCAAAGCACGGGCGCGGUGGGCAAGAGCCAAAGCAGCUGCGGCGGCUGGUGCGGCCUUCCGUAGCCAGCUUUCAGAGGAGGGUGGACUUCAGAGAACAAGUGCGGCUGUAAGUUAA